AAAACGUCUAGCAAAGCCGUAUACGGUGUAGUUAAUGAGACAAACCUCAAUCGGUGUAUUGGAUUUUUUUUGCGGACAGCGCCUCCAUACCAUAUAUACAUGUUGUUAGGUAUUGUUGACUCGAUAGUCAAUUGUUUAUUCAACGGAACAAGUGGCCCCAGAGCGAGUUCGAAAAGCGAUGCUAGUCCUCGCUCUUAUUUUGUGACGAAAAUAUUUGGAUGUUCAGUAUAUUUUGCAUUCGUUUCGGGAAUUAAAUUGUUAUAUACUUCAACACGUCAAGACGUCCACCUGGUAUUGAGUUGACUUCUUAAGUAGUUGCGUGAAAAUUGAAUGACUAUCACGAUGGAUUUUAUAAUGAGGAUUUGCUUUGCUAGCUACAUCGAUGACCAGCAGUAGCUAAUCAGCCUAGAAUUGUUCCCGUGGUGAUACCACGACGUCACGAGGAGCGACCCCUCUUCGCUGAUACUACAUGGAAGAAUAACUAUGCCAUUCCGAUGAAACUUUAAACUAGCUAUAAUUCAGAUUGUAAGACGGUUAAGAAACGAUAAUCGCGUUUCAUUAAGUGGCUAGAAUGACUGAAGUUGCCAUGUCGAUGUGAUUCGCAUAUGAAAUGGAUACACGCUGAUGCGAGUUCUCUUGUGGCAACCCCGUAAGAGAAACGUCCAAAAUGGCGUCUGGAUUAGGAAAUAUAGGCGAAACCUAUCUGAACAUCGACCAUGCUAGUAAUUCUCCUCUGCUGUUCGGGGAGGAGGACUACAGUGGUUAUUCUGGGUUCCCCAUGAACGAGAGCAACUUUAACGAAAGCACGGUGUCAUCUGGCGCCGUCAAGCUCCCUCUGGAAGUGAUCAUACCGAUAGCUACUGCCAUGUCGUUCGUAAGCCUUAUCACAUGUAUCGGCAACGCCCUUGUAAUUGUUGCGGUGCGGACGGACAGAAGACUUCGAACUGUAAGCAAUUACUUUAUUCUCAGUCUAGCUGUUGCUGACCUACUCAUUGGAACCCUCGUGAUGCCGCUAAGUAUUAUCUACUUCGUGGAAGGUCAAUGGCUACUUGGACUCAUCGUGUGCCAAACAUGGUUAACCACCGACUACGUCACCUGUACGGCUUCCAUUUUCAAUCUAUUUAUUCUCAGUCUCGAUCGGUACUGGUCCAUCAGCUCGCCGUUGAAAUACAUGAAGAAAAGAACGCCACGCCGUGCUAUGCUCAUGAUAAGUUUGGCGUGGUGUCUCUCUUGCGCAUGGAUCGUACCGGUCUGGGGAUGGCAUUACUUUGAACGGGAUGGAAAACCAAGGGCUGUUCCGUCCAACGAGUGCGACACGGAAUUCCAUGCAAAUAUAAUAUUCAAAGUCCUGACAGCAAUACUUAAUUUUUACAUUCCGCUAGUAUCCAUGCUAUUCGUUUACGGGAAGAUAUUUUAUGAAAUCAAGACAAGAUCAAAGAUGUGCGUAGGGCAGAGGUCGAGUGGAAAUAAGAAGUAUUCGAUCAGACACUCUGCUCACAUGAUUCCGUUACCUGUAGCGGUAGAUGUUUGUCCAAACACCCCUUCGAAUGAGGAGCCAGAAGAAGUGGAAGAACAAAAUGCUUCAUGGAUACCUGACUUCGAUUCAUUAAGUACGAGUAAAGACACCUCGCAAGAAUAUGCCGACCAGAGCGAGUCGUGUCCGCCAAACAUCGCUGCUAAACGAAUAAAGAAAGGAGAGGUUGAUCAUCAGUUGAAAAAUAUCUCACAUUUAACAUUGGCAACAAUGGGUCUUGCUGGUAUAGUAGGUCCCAGUAUGAUGGGAGGAGUUCCUCCUGGGCAGCGGAUACUUAAGAGAAAAAGAGCAGAAAAAGAUUCACUUGCCAUUAAACAAGUAAAAAGAAUUCUACCUGACGAGAAUAACAAACAUAGGAUAGAAACAAUUGUUCCAAUGAUAAAAGAACCGUCUAUUAGUACUUCCAGUGGUCCUGGAGAUAUCCAGACGGAUGGAGAGGUCAUUCAAAUGAAAGAAAUCAAUGGUAAUGUAUCAGAUAAUAAGUCUAUAUUGAGACAAGGAGAAACGUAUUUAUGUCCCGAUCGUGCUCCAAAUGGGACGACAAAAAGGAGGAUAUCAUUUACUGUUGAUUCUGUCGCAUCCAAAGAAGAACUUGAACCAUUGCGUAGAAACUCUUACGAUGAGAGGAAAACAACAAGUCCAAAGUAUAGGGGCGUUAGGUACAACAAAGAGAGUUCAAGUCCUACUCAUCUACUUCCAACUGAUAAUGUCAGCCCGGAUAAUUUAUCUCCUAGUCGAGCAAAACCUAAACCUCAAGUAAAGAACGGUGGAAUCGCGGGUCGAUUUUCAUUUGCAAGAUUUAGUAUUAGACAUGGAAAGACGAGCGAGUUCUUACGGGACCGAAUCCGACGUUUCUCGUUGAACAAAGAAAGAAAAGCUGCUAAGCAAUUGGGUAUUAUUGUCAGUUGUUUCAUCACCUGUUGGCUACCGUACUUCAUCUCAUUCAUGGUCAUUGCUUACUGUCCAAAUUGUGUUGACCCGAAUGUUCACUAUGCUCUGAUAUGGCUGGGCUACUUGAACUCAACCAUGAAUCCCUUUAUAUAUCCAAUGUGCAACAGUAACUUUAGGAAAGCCUUCAAGAAAAUUUUUGGCAUCACUUCCUGUAGAUCUUCGACUAAACCCAAACCCCAGACUAGAUCAAUGUACAGAAGACCGAAAAACAAAUAGCUGCUUGCAAUCUUGUUCAGAAUUGUUUUUUCCGCAUUGAAGUGCCAGUAAAAAUAUACAUAGACAUAUAUUUUGCAAGGUAAUUUGAUUCAUUACUAUUAUGACAUACAAUUGAAUCGGGUAUAGUCUUGUAUGUAACACAUGUAUAGGAGUAACAAAAUUUUACAUUAAUUUCGACUGGAAAUCCUCAUAAAACGAAUGCCACUAUGAAAGGUAAUACAGAUGAUAUAGUUAAGAUGCAAAUUAUUGUUUGACAGUUACACAACAUUUUCAAGUAAUUUCUACUGUGAUCAUGGAAUUCACUGUUCCUCAAUACCUGUCAUAAUUCUAAAUGUAUUUUAUUUAUCAAUUCGCUCGUGUGUGUUUUUUUUGUUUUCUUUUUAGUUUAGUAUUUAUUGUAUAGCUUGCCAACUGGAAAUCGGUUAUUAAACCUGUCGAUUUUGAAGUCUAGAUAUACUUUUAUAGAAUAUUAUUAAAAUAUCCUAUAUCUUCACAAUCAUGCAAAUAGCAUGUUAUCAAAUUCAAUGUUAAUCAACUUUGAGAAUGUGUUGGAUUAAUGUAAUGCUAAAUUUCACAGAUAUGUUACAUGGAACGACAGUGUAUUCAACUUCCAAUCAAUUCAUCAGAAUCCUAUUCAACUGACUGAGAGGUGCUUUGAAGAAAAUUAUCAUUAAUCACUCGAUAUGAAGUUCUCGAAAAAUAUGAUUGCCUUUACCAGUAAUUCCAUUAACCGAGCUCCUACAUUUAUAUGAUUUUCUUAUAAAAGACUCCCAAAUAAUCACUAAUAUGCAUAGAUCGUUAAAAAAUAAAUUUGAAUUAUAAAAACGACUUUGAAAAAAUAUAUAUGCAUUCUUCAGCAAAAUAUGUUCAACAUUACAAAUUAGGAGACCAACAAUUAUUUGAAGUACCACGUUUCGAACCACAAACAAGACUGAAGUGUCAUUGAACGAUUUUCAGUGAUUUUCACCCUAGACUUCCUCUUUAUUAAGAUAUAUCAGUAUAGCUUACAAAUGCUGUAACUAACGAAUUGCUUCGCGAAAUAGUCCAAAAUAACCAUAAACCUGAGGUGCUAAAGAUAAAGGCGCAAUGGAAUUGAGGGCAUAAGGGAGACACGACAUCGUCUCCAAUCAAAAGAAUUGACUACGAACAAGACAGACUUUCCUAGUUCCACGAUCCUUUUUGGUGAAUGACGGAAGUAUCAUUGACUGUUAUCAAACAAGUAAGAUUUUUUUCUACUGACCAUUAACGAGAUACCCCUGACCUGUAUGAAGCACGAAGAGACCUACUAUAACAACAUUGUUAUGUCUGUAAUGUCGUAUAGGAAUUAGUUCAGAUUUGACAGAAAGUGCUGUGGCGCAGUGGGCAGGUUUUCGAAUUUUGAACCACAGAGUUUUGGGUUAAAAUUCUACCACAGCGCUCGUGUUCUCUGGCAUGGUGUUUCUCUACAUUUUCCACUUUCCAGUUGUAGUAAAUAGAUACCUGGUAGGCAAAAGUUCCUUGACAAAUAGAGCGCCUGGUCUAGGUAUGCGUGCUAAAGCCGGGGUAAUGGUAUACAGCUAGCGCUUCUUAUAUUAAAAAAAAUGCAUUUAACUAGCGCUAAACAGUUAUUGCAUGUCAUUAUCGUUACCAACAAAUCGGACGGCCGGGCAUCUUUCUUAGAUACAUAUGGCAAAGAAUGGAUGACUCCGAGACUAUGAGACGGACGCUCUCGAGAGUUUUCUCUGAUAUGACAAAACAGGGUGAUAUUCAUCUAUAUACUAAUAAGAAGAUGUUUCUGAUCUAUGGUCUAACUGAAAAUGAGUGAGAUACUCAUAGACUCAAUAAUUUUCUCUGAGUUUACAAAGAAAUAUAUGAGAUUUACUGCGAAUGAGACAGACGUUCUUGAUCUCAAGACGACUAUUGUCCAAGCUAGCCCAUCUGGGGUGAAAUGACACACUUUAUAGGAUUAAAACUACCAUUUAGUACCAAGUAACUCGAGUGCUAUACCACGCACUUGAAUGUGACAUAACUCAUUACCUCGUCACACAAAGAUAUUCCGCAUGCUAUGUGACACGAAUAAAUAAAAAAAAAACAUUAACCUAUUAUCUAAAAUAUUUAGGUCCACAUGUAUCAUUUAAGGUUACCUGGGAGUCCCUCGACCCAAAAUGACCCGUGGGUGGGACGGAUGUUUCCAUGGUUUCCGAACCAAAGAAUUCCAUCUGUCUUCACAAAAGCACUAUUGACUCUGAGACAGGAUAAGACUGACUACGAAUGAGACGGAUGUUCCUGGGUUUUUUUUUUUCAGAUUUUACCAAGACUUAUUAUUUUAAUCACGACUGAUUACAAAUGAGACCAACAUUUGCUAUCCGAUGAACUAUUUGAGUACAAUGAAGUCAAAGACAGGACUACCAAAGACCUAGACGUUCCUUACACCCAACUUCUUGUCUAUUGACGGAUGUUAGUCGACUGCUGACGAUACAAACGUCCCCACUUCAUACAAUUUCACGAUCGAUUUGACAGAAGCAUUAAUGAGACUGACUUCCAUUGGGACUGAUGUUUCUUGGCUCUCAAACAUUCAUGACAAUUACAUGAAGAUGUGUGAAUACUAUAAUAGCAUAGAGCUCCGUAAUAGCUCUAUGAUAAUAGCAACUUUGACGCUGUUUGUAUCACACAGAUUUUAUUUAAUGCAGAACAAUCACGAGGCCGAUACCAAUAAAACUGACACACCUGGGGCUGUGAUUCUUUUUAAGCCAUAAGCAAUCUGGUAUAGACUGACGGCUAUAGUGAAUAACUUCACUGAUGACUUUCUGUGUGGGUGUGUGUGUUCAUGUGCUUUUUAACCCAUCGAAUUACAAUGAGUAGGCAACGUUAUUAACCAAAACCACGAACGAGAAAACCCGGAAUUGCAUCUGUAGGAUACUGGUGGCUUCUUGUGACCGACGCUCUGUACAUAUCUCUUUAACAGACGGAACAGAGCUGAUGGCAAUAUUACAUAAGACCGAGUUGCUGUUGGUGUCGACCAUUUUACCAUUCGUAAGACCUGACUUUGAACACGUUACUCUAUACUGAGAUUUGAACACUUAGUAAGGUUUCAACAUGGUAAUAAGUCAGACGGCUGACGCUACAUGACACAACGAGGAGAGAAGGUAAACAUAAUUAUCAUUAAUUGAAAAAAAAACAUAAUUAUGAUCAGUCUUUUUCCAAUCACAAUAUACAUGAUAUAGUAUCAUGCAUGUUAAAAAUGUUUUUUUUUUGAACGAUGUCCAAACUGUUAUAUUACCAUAUUCCACUAAAACUAAACUUCUUACACACCAACAAAAAAUAAUGUUUGUAUUUUUGAUAAAAUAAACUUUGGCCAAUGUCAAAGACACGGCACAAAGUUGUAUUUCUCAUAGAAUGUUAUGAUGACAAUGUGGCCGACCAUAAUGACAAGUCGACUUGUACAUGGAGUAAAAGAACAAUGUAAAUGGAAGGACAAGGACCAUUAAUACUGCCUUUAAAAUGAUGUUGCAAUUUGGGAGCACUUAAACAUUAUACGAGAUACUAGACGGGUAAGAUUUGUCUGGUUUUAGAUUAUUUUCCUGACUUUUAGACGACCAGUUCCCAUUCGACGACAUUAAAUUGACCAAACGCUGAUUCUCGGUGAUAUGAAAAUCGAGGCGGACAAACUGAACAAUAUAGAUUCUGCUGCAUUAGCAUGGUUAAGCUUUCAGAUUCACGACGGUCGAGAAUGGAGCCUAUAUAAGAGAUGAAGGGUGAUCAAAGUUAACAGGUUAAAAUAUACAUAGACCACCAUGACCACGUAGACCUAAUGCAGAGUUUCUAUAUACGAUGAACGAUUACUUCAUAAAGACUGAUCCAUAUGUAUACAUUUGUUUCAACUAAACUAUCGCCAAUUAGAGUAACUGGACGACGACGAGACAUUAUUACCGUGCUUAUCGAACAAGUUUGCUUUGUCAUGAUGUGUAUGUUAACAUUAACACAUUUGAGGAUGCCUUUACACUCCUUAGACAUGUUAGAAGACCCGUACAUGACUUUGCGCCCAAUUUUUUUUAUAGUUUAUCAUUGGAUAGCCGUUUGUUGUAUGGGAUUGUACCCUUUGACAUCCAUUCCAUAUUAAUCCCACUACGUGGCCGUUAACUUGUUUGCAUAAUAAGAAAACUAUUCACCUUUGAUGUAAGCGAGGAUUUUCCGCCAAUCGUCUACACAUUAUUCAUAGCUAAAUGUCAUCGCUGAUGAGUUCAUGUUUUCAAACUUUUAUUUUGUCUCGAUCAUCGGGAAGAUGGGCACCUGCGGCUCGUAAAAUGGCAUUAGAAUAUUGAUAAAAUGUCUAUCAAGACUUGGCAUUAUAAGAACAAAGUAUAUUGCAAUAACCAAGUAACAAUAACAUGAAUAGGAUAAAGAAUAAAUUGGGAAAUCUAACCUGACCUACAUGUAGACAUAAACGGCAAAACAGCACGGUAAACAUUCAUUAUUCGACUGACUUGCGCUACGUCACACUUUCCCUAGAAAAUAGCAGUAGUAUCCAUGACCAGUAAUCGACGCUUACAAUAUUGAUGGAUUGUACUGUAUUGUAAUUGAUAUACAUUAAAAUACGGUAUAAUACUUUCGGAUAUAAUCAUGCAGAUAGUCUUCACUGGUUCUCCGACUGACGAUAGAACUUUAGUACGAAAUUUGAUGGAGACUCUCGCAAAAUGACCACUAGAAAGUCCCUCGAGAAGCUAGAGACGCUAGAAUUAAACUAAAGGAAGAUUCUUUUAUAACAUGACCACCGACAUAAUUAUGACCCGAUACACACAAAUAUGACAAUGAAAUGUGACGAGACGAUGCUACAAUGACUUAAAGUUUGACUGAAGUACUACCAGCCAAUGAACCAACGGCUUUUGAGUCAGAUACCUAGUUGGGGUCAACAUGACCGAUGCCCCUUAUAUGGCAUCGAUAUGAUUCAACAACGAAAACAACUGUGAAGGACGUAUUAAUUAUUGAUAUAUAUUUAAAUGUGACAUGUCUACAUUGACGAGUCAUAUAAAAUAUAUGUAUUAAAUACUAAAUCAUUUUGUUAAGCAAGAAGGCAAUUUAAAUUCCAUAUACCAAUGCACAAAAUAUUAUUCUCACAUUAAUUUCAUAUGGUACACAGGACUUUAGUCAGGAAUAUAAUAGCAAUACGACCUUAAACAGGACACAAUGGCUUUAAACUUUUAAGAGUAAUCACGUAAAAAGAUAAUUGCCUUGCAUUUCAAGCUAAACCUUGAAAUCAACCCCAAGUUACUGCCAAUAAUAUACUAAUGAGAACCCUUUGGGAAAACGACAAAACUAUAACGAGACGAAGCGACGAUCCCAGUGAGAAAAAUUACAAUGAGCCCACCUAAAUCGCAUGUGCAGGACGCUUGGAAAUACAUUGGGUUCGGCGACAAGUCAGAGACGUUAUGUCAACUAACAAUAAAUUAUUCGACACAGUAAUACAAAAAUCUGGAUAAGUUGACCGAAAAGGACACGGGUCUGUAUUCAAACCUCUAGAAUGCCCCCCCCCAAAACCAAAAAAAAGUCAAAUUUCCCAAAAGGUUGUAGUUGGGAUUGAAGCUGACCAUGGACAUACGAAGAAAGACUUUACCCGAGUUCCAGACUACCCCUCAUGAGACCAUGGAUCGCAAAACUGGACAGAAUACUCUUCGAUUGUUUCUUGGCCAAAAAUAAUAGCCCAUUACACAUGUCAUACAUAACGGUUUACUUCAUCAUUUGACUCCUCAUCCCAUGUUAUUUUGAUGUAAUUUAGUUUUUAAGACUCCUAAGGAACUAUUUGUUCUACGUAUAUUACGCAUGUUAGGGAAUGCUCUACUCACCAUCAAUGCCAAAACAUUCAAACCUACUAAAUAAGUGGGGACUAUGCAUCAACACCACCACCACCACCAUGUCACCAACAGCAACCACUAUUUAUACUACAGCUUUUAAUUAUCGUAACUACUACUACCACUAGUUGUACUUCUACUACUAGUAGUACUACUACUACCGCUAAUUUUACUAUACUACUAC